AUGUUGUCUCCAGAUUUGCAGGUUUGGAUGAAAGACAGAAAGCCUGAGACUGUAGAGAGGCUCACAGAGUGGGCAGAGUUGUAUGUCAAUUCAAGAAAGAAAUCUCACAUCGCUAAGUUCGCUGAGCCAGCCAAGGGGUCGGGUGACGACUCAUAUGAUGGGAAUAGCUUCGAAGUUCUGUUGGCCAAUGGUACGACGGAAAAGGUCCUCACAGCCAAGGUGGUACUGUCUGGUACGCGGGGCAAGAAGGAGUGCAUCGUAGGAGUGCUUGAGCGGUUACCUGUGGAUGUCUUGUUGUCUCAGCAGGAUUUCGUUGUCAUUGGUGAUUUAAAUGAAGAACCGUUCUCACCUAUGUCUCUAGUUUCAGAUGCUCGCGACUUGGAUGGUGUUCCAGCUUUUGCCGUGACCACCAGGGCCAGACAGAAAGAACAGGAAGCAGUAGCAGAAUGGGAGAGUAGACAGCCACAAGCGAAGCCAAAGGCUGUUGGAGACUUGGUUCAGGGUAAUGUAAAAUCAGAGUCACUAGACUCAACUCCCGUUGCAGAUUCGUCAGGAGAUGUUGAAAGUCCUGAUGAUAUUUUGAGCGCCGAGUUCUUGAGUGAUGUACAGAUAGCGGAGGGGGAGAGUAAUGUCCCUGUAGACUUGCCUCAUUUAGAUAUGUGGAGAUUGGGCCCCACAGAGUUAGCCAAGCGGCAAAAAGCUGACGUAAAACUUCAGAAAGUUUUGCAAAAAUGUGAGAGGUCGUUGCCGAAGGACUCCAUUGGAUACUUCUGGAGGGAUGGUUUGGCAUAUCGACGCUCUUUUAUGGAAGGCCGACAACAAUACUUUGACCAGUUGUUAGUUCCUCAGGAGUAUCGGUUAGAUUUGUUAGACUUGGCUCAUAGUAUUCCAUUGGCAGGUCAUUUAGGUGUAACUAAAACCAAAGGUCGACUGGUUGAGCAUUAUUUCUGGCCUGGUCUACACAAGGACGUUGAGAAGUACUGCAGCACAAUUGCCAGAAGUGUUCAAGAAAACUGGCCUCUGAAAAGGCUCCCUUGGUAA